AUGAAAGUAAACACCAUCUUCAGUGUUCUGGAAAGAGCUGUCUCUCGCCAUGCCCGGCGCCUGCACUUCCGCACCGAGUCCUCCAGAGACCCUCAGACUUUUCUCCAUGACGAUAAGGACCCCAUGCUGACCGUGGAUCCAGACUACCUGGACUGCCGCUCGGACACUGACCCUGCCGGAGACCUGGGAGUGCGCCUCCCGGUUUUCAAGGCCAGAGUGUGCAGAGCGCCAGUUCUUCCUGUGGCUCCUGUUUCAGAAUCCACACCAGCUCACGGCGAUGUCGAUGUGUCCGACCUUGGGUCACGCAAUUACGGAGCGCGUUCGGAUUUCUACUGUCUUGUCACUGAGAAUGACAUCUGA